AUGUAUGCACCAUAUUACAAUCAACCAACUCGAAACGAAGACAAAACUGAUACAACAACUCGAACUGUUCGAUCAGCGACAAAGCCUAAUAAACAAUUACCGGAAAAGGCCGUUCGUCUAAUGAAUGCUUGGUAUGAAGAACAUGACGAUAAUCCGUAUCCAAAUCGAAAUGAUUUGGACUAUUUGGCAACGAACGGCGGAAUUAAAGAGUCACAAGUGAAAGCAUGGUUUUCUAAUAAACGAAAUCGAACUCAAAAUACACAUCCUAAACGUGCUAAACGUUACCUCAUCCGAAAUCAAGCUCAAGGCACGUCGUCUCAAUGGAAUGAACCACAGAAAAUUCACGUUGCCGAUGAACUAGAACAACGAGCCGUUCUCUUACAUUCUCAGUCUUAUGCGGAUGCUCAAUUGGCAUCAUCAAUACCAUCUUCCAGUAAUUGGUCAUGGUUACCACGGAACUCAUACGACUAUUACCAUGCUUAUUAA